ACACAUCACUCACAAGUCACAUAGAUUCCCUUCUCCUCAGCUUCCUUUCCCUCUCCUCCUCCUCCUGUGAGAGAUACAACUUGACAAUCCUAAGCCCUAGAGACUCCCAACACUCCAGAAACACGUGCAACACCCUAGGAAUCCACAAGAAAAGCUCUACUUAUGAAUAUGGAGAAGGCAGUGGCGCCAUACCUCCCUGUCGGUCGUUGUCUGAAGGUGGCGCUGACGAAGUGGCCGCCCUACGUGGAUGGCUGGAACCCCAACUAUACUGGCUGGUGUAUUGAGAUGUUCGACGUGAUCCUGGAGAAACUAAACGUCUGCCAUGAAUACCUGGAACCUCCGGAUGGCCUCUGGGGCGCUAAGUUCCCCAAUGGCUCCUGGUUCGGGAUGAUGGGAAUGCUACAUCGAAGGGAGGUGGACGUGGCGAUCGGACCCUUCGGAGUGACGCUGGAAAGGACCAAGGUGGCAGACUUCAGUGUUCCCAUCACGGCCACGGAUCACGCCGUUCUCUACCGCAGGCCGCAAAUUGAGCCAGACCUUUUGGGAUUCACUAAACCUUUUACUCUACUGGUUUGGGCAGGUGUGCUGAUUAGCCUCCUGGUGGUGACAGGAAUCGCUCUUGGUCUUCUCGUCCUCUCGCCUACACGCUCACGCCGUCCCAGGUAAACACACACACACACACACACACACACAGGCCGGGCACACACACAAGUCCUCCAAACCUUCACAUACUUGUUGGAAAGAAAAAAAAAAAAACAAUGAUAUACAUAAUACAAUAAAAAUGAAUACAAAUUUAAUAGAAAGUUAAUACAUUGACUUUAAAGACAUACAGAAUUACAUGCAAAAAAAAAAUAAUGAUGGAAAAAUACAAACUAUAAACACACACACACACACACACACACACCUUCUCAUGUACGUUUUUAUGUGCGUUUUCUUAUGAACGUUUCUCUUUUCCAGGAAAAAAUGAUUCAGGACAGCUCAGAUUUCCCUCUUCUUCUUCCUCCUCCUCCUCCUCCUCCUCCUUCUCCUCUUCCUCCUCUUUGUGGGGGUGGCUGUGGGGCUACAGAGCACUGUUAAGCCAACGUGAGUGAAAGGAAGAGAAAGAAAGAAGGAAGGAGGAGUGUGUGGGUGAGGGUGGAAGUGACUUAAUCAGCCAGUGAGUGAGUGAGUGAGUGAGUCAGUGGAAGAAAGAGUUAAGGAGAGAGUGUGUGAAUGACUGAAUCAACGAAUAAGUGACCGAGAGAGAGAGAGAGAGAGAGAGAGAGAGAGAGAGAGAGAGAGAGAGAGAGAGAGAGAGAGAGAGAGAGAGAGAGAGAGAGAGAGAGAGAGAUUUUGUUUAGAGUAUAACAGGGACACAAUCCAACUAAAUACCUGCCAGUCUAUCAUUCCAUUUAUCUAUCAAUCUAUCUAUCUAUCUAACCCGCAGCGGUACUAAAUCUAAAGGGCGGUGAGGGAGCAAGAUUUCUGGCCGGGCUGUGGCUUCUCACGUCCCUUAUUAUUGCUAUCGUGUACCGCUCUAAUCUUAAGGCCAUGCUCAUUGUGCCCAAGGUUCGCGUACCCUUCGACAGCCUGGCGGAGUUGGUGGACCAGACAGAGGUGCCGUGGACAAUGGCUCAUGGCUCCAUCGUGCAGAGCUUCUUCAGUUCUGCUUAUGACGAGGCCCCCACUUCCACCAUGGGCAGGGGGUGGAAAGGACGCUCUCCUCUCCUACGUAGCGCUACGGACAUCAUCCCUACUGUCAUCGGUGGUACUGCCGGCCUCUACACCAGACACUCAUCCACUUACUUGAUGGGAAAGGACUUUUCUGAGAAUGGGUACUGUCGCCUGGCACUCACACGCGGGGGCUACAUGGCAGUACAACACAGCAUGGGCUUCCCUCUCGGCUCGUCCCUUAAACCUGUCCUAGAUGAAUUGGUGUACCGCAUGAUGGAGUUUGGGCUGGUGGAGAAAUUUAUCGCUAAGGAGAUGGCCAAUACUUCCUACUGCCUCAUGCCGCCAGGGAGGGAGGGAUACACGGAGCUGAGGCCCUUAGCUCUGGGGGACUUCCUCGGGGUUCUGAGUCUCUACGGGGCAGGUGUGGUGGGAAGCAUGGGAAUGUUUGUGGCUGAGGUGAUGCGGCGCUGACAACACCACUACUACCACCACCAUCACCACCACCAGCGGGAAGGACUUGAAGGAACCGUGUACUGCACCCACCACCACCACCACCACCACCAUCAGCAACAACAACAACAACAACAACAACUACAACGACAACAACAACAGCAGCGUCAGCAGCACAACGCCCCUGGUCAGCGCAGGGCCGGCAGCGUGAGCCGUCA